AUGCUAAAUUAUGACGUUGAAUCUGGCAAAUAUUUAAAUUACAAUCUAUCCCAUGAUUUAUGUCCUAAAUACGUUAGACACAGAGGAAAGGCUUUUAAGGGAGGCAAGGCUGGUUCAUAUAUACAGGGUGUCAUAGAUUUGUAUGAUAAAGAAGACCAUCGCAUUACUAACUACAGUGGACACUUACUAGCUUCUUUAUCAUACAAAAACAAUUUGGACAGAUCAAUUCAGGGUCCGGUUGAGACCCUUAACGAAAAUGUCUAUUUAAGCGUUAAUUCUGAUGGGUCAUACACAGUAUCGUACUUGGUCAAAAAGGCGGGGAUAUGGGAACUAUCGGUAGUCACUGAUAAGUUCGAACACAUUCAAGGGUCCCCUUUUGAUGUUGAAAUUACAUACGGCGACGUCUCUCCUGAUAGGUCAUUUUUAACAUACCUUGACCAAGUUGGCUACGUUUCAAACUAUAGGGACUUUAUUGUUCAAUCUAGGGAUUCCUAUGACAACGAAGUGACAGAGGGAGGAGUUGAGUUUGUGGCCAGUGUUUUGGGAGGGGGGAAGAUCAUCAACCUCAAGGAUUUAAACAACGGAAAGGACUCAAACGAUCUAGCUGGCUACGACGCUCUGAAUCCCUGGAUGAGUGUUUUCAUGAGGAACAGCCAGUUGACGGGGAAUCUAAUAACUUUAAAGGACUCUCUGGCCAAGGUAUUGUCUGCGAAACAGUUUGAUGCUGAGACGAGCUAUAACGCUGCUCGAUUGAAGGUCGUUCACUCAAUUCCUGCGCUUUUCACCAUCAGUGAACCUGAUCACGCGGGGCAUACUCUGAAGCGCCAGGGGCUCAUUGGGGACUACCGGGAACUUAACAAACAGCUGAACGAGAUUGAAGACAACAUUCAGGAGAUGAUUCACUCGAGGGACUCUCUCAACGACUACAUAAUAGACAAGAUGAAACACAUCAGUCAGCUUUACAGAACUGCACUGCAGCGCUUCAACAGAAACACUGCACAAGUGCUGAAGCUCACCAGGCUAGCCAAGCACGAGCAGGAGCUGCGCAGGCGCAUUUACGAGGCCGACGAGUCGUCUCUGGCGAAGCUUGACAGGGCGCGGAAGAUCGAGACGGCCAUCCGGGCGCUCAAGGACGCUCAAAAGGUCACCGAGGACGAGAUCGUCGAGUCUGAGCCCGAGGAAAUUGAGGAGCGGCCAGGGAAACUCAAUGAAACUGUGCCGGACAAACCAAAUUCACUCGCUUUCUGGCUAUUGGAGGGAAGAUUUAGGCCUCCGCAACAAACUUAA